CGGGCGGGGCGGCGGGGGAAGAAGCGGGCCCGCCUCCUGCGCUCCCAGGGCCGCCGCGGCGACCUCAGCGGCUCGGCGGACCCGGUGCCGGUGCCGGGGCCGGGGCCGGGCCCACCCUGAGCCGCCGCCGAGCCCGCGGCCGAGAGCCCGGGCCAUGCGGCCGCCGCCGCUGUGGCCGCUGCUGCUGCUGCUGCACCUCCGCGCCGCGGCCCCGGCAGACUCGCCCUCCCAGCUGCCUGCCCCUCGGAACCCGAAGAUCUGGCUCUACAACACGGAGCAGGUCCUGAGCUGGGAGCCGGGGUCGCUGAGCCACGAGGUGGGGCCGGUGGUGUACCAGGUGCAGUUCAAAUACCCCAGCAGCCGUGAGUGGUCCGACGUCACUGUAAGCAGCGUCGGGGUGAACUGUUCGAAGAUCUCGGUGACCGAGUGUGACUUCACCCCCACCAGCUUGUCCCGGGGUUUCCUGCGCUACUUCAACGUCUCCCUGCGCGUCCGGGCUGAGCUGCCGGGGCUGCCGGGGCACGCCUCCGCCUGGGCCUCGGUGCCCUGGUUCCAGCACUACCGCAACGUGACCAUCGGGCCCCCAGGACACGUCUGGGUGACCCCCGGAGAAGGCUCCCUGGUCAUCAAGCUGUCCGCGCCCUUCAACAUCGCCGACCCCUCCAUGGUUACGUUUCUGUAUUACGUCCAUUACUGGGAAAAGGCCAGAAACCCACAGGUGAAAGGCCCCUUCAGGGACAGCUCCAUCGUGCUGCGGGACCUGCAGCCCCUGAGCGAGUACUGCCUCCAGGUCCAGGCCCACCUGCUCUGGAAGUCCCAGGACCUCAGCAGGCUCGGGCGCUUAAGCAACGUGUCUUGUCACGUGACAUCAGCAGACGCCUCCACCAAGCUGCAGCGAGUGGUCCUGGUUGCCGUGGCCACCUUCCUGUCGCUGGCCGGGCUGGCGGGCGCCUGCGUCUUCCUGAUCCUGAGGUUCCGGGGCCUGAUCAAGUACUGGUUCCACUCCCCGCCCGGCAUCCCGGCGCAGAUAGAAGAGUAUUUAAAGGACCCGGCUCAGCACAUGCUGGAGGCCCUGGACCAGGAAAGCCCGGCCGAGGACGAUGCCUGGGAAUCGGUGUCUGAAGUCUCGUCUUCAGAGCAGGAGCAGAGGGCGCUCUCCAGAGCAGAGGGCGCUCCCGCAACACUUUGACCCAAAGCGCUGUCGGCCCAGCCUGCGGGAGCUGGAGCGGGACCCCGAGCCCACGCCACCCGGCCUGCGGGAGCUGGAGCGGGACCCCGAGCCACGCCACCCGGCCUGCGGGAACUGGAGUGGGACCCCGAGCCCACGCCACCCGGCCUGCGGGAGCUGGAGCGGGACCCCGAGCCCACGCCACCCGGCCUGCGGGAGUGAGAGCGGGACCCCGAGCCACGCCACCCGGCCUGCGGGAGCUGGAGCGGGACCCCGAGCCCACGCCACCCGGCCUGCGGGAGCUGGAGCGGGACCCCGCGCCCCGCCACCCCGCCUGCGGGAGCUGGAGCGGGACCCCGAGCCCACGCCACCCGGCCUGCGGGAGCUGGAGCGGGACCCCGAGCCACGCCACCCGGCCUGCGGGAGCUGGAGCGGGACCCCGAGCCCACGCCACCCGGCCUGCGGGAGCUGGAGCGGGACCCCGAGCCCCCGCCCCCCGGCCGGCGGGAGCUGGAGCGGGACCCCGAGCCCACGCCACCCGGCCUGCGGGAGUGAGAGCGGGACCCCGAGCCACGCCACCCGGCCUGCGGGAGCUGGAGCGGGACCCCGAGCCCACGCCACCCGGCCUGCGGGAGCGGGAGCGGGACCCCGAGCCCACGCCACCCGGCUUGUGGUAGCUGUUGCGGGACCCCGAGCCACGCCACCCGGCCUGCGGGAGCUGGAGCGGGACCCCGAGCCCACUCCACCCGGCCUGCAGGAGCUGGAGUGGGACCCCGAGCCACGCCACCCGGCCUGCGGGAGUGAGAGCGGGACCGAGCCCAGCCGCUCACCUGCUCCUGUCAGGACUUGCCAAGCCCAGGACUCCAAGUCCCCACUGUGGACAGGGCCAUCGGCCGGGGGGUACAAGUGUGCCUUGUUGAAGACACGUUUACUUUUUUAAGAAUUUUCUAAUCGUACGAUUUUACCAAUGAUUCUACAGAGAUAUCCCCCAAAAAUGGUUUCUCUUAAACACUAAAAAGGCCUGUCAUUCGUUGUUGGCAAGUGGCCCUGGCGCUCUGGGGAGCUCCCCCGUCGGACCCGCAGGCAGGAGCCGGGCCGCUCCUGGACGCCACGGGUCCCGUCGCCUGUCCGUCACCGCCCCGCUGGCCCAGCAGGGACCCCGAGUGCCUUCACAGCCAGUCCCCGGCUUAAAGUGGAAUUAAUCCUGUAAAUAUUUUCCUAGUAACUUAAGGGUUUUUUUCAACCUCGAAAUAAAAGACUGUAUAGUUAACGUUUUAAAAA